AUGUAUAUAUUCGAUAGCACAGGAAGCACGGGUCUUCGAAGACGACUGAUGGUGCAAGUGGUUGUGUUGGGAGACAUUGGCCGCUCACCACGUAUGAGAUACCAUGCUACCUCAUUAGCAGACUCAGGGUGCACUGUGGAUUUGAUCGGUUAUGCAGAGACAAAUCCAGGCGCCAGAAUCAAUGUAAACCGUCAUAUUCGUGUUCGACCUAUCCGCCAAGCGUGGUCUAUUCCUAAAGGAAUGCCAAAGAUCUUUUAUCUACUGUGGGCACCCUUCAAAGCCUUGUUUCUAUCUAUUCAAUUGUUCUGGAUCAUGGGCUGCAUUUCACAGAAACCAGACUUCAUCAUUGUGCAGAAUCCACCAUCAAUCCCCACAUUGUUUAUCGCUAAAGGUAUUGCCUACAUUCGCAAAGCAUGGUUCAUCAUUGACUGGCACAACUUUGGUUACUCCAUCCUCGGCAUGAAAUUGGGCAUGAAUCAUAAACUUGUACGUUUUGCUAAAUGGUACGAACAACGCUAUGGCAAGAUCGCUUUCGCUCACAUGUGUGUCACCGAUGCCAUGCACAAAGAGUUGCAAAACAACUGGCAAGUGGAAGGGCAGAUCAUGACAGUGCGCGAUAAACCUCAAUCUGAUUUCAAGCGUUUGGAUAUCGAGCAAGUGCAUCGACAAUUCACAUUUUCGCUCAAAUUGGUGGAGGAUUUGGUAAAGAAGACAGCGGAUGGCGAGGAAUUCUUGGGGCACUACAACGAUCCCAAGCUGGGAACACUCUUGACAGAUGCAACUGAUGAUGGAGGCUUGAUUUGGAGACAGGAUCGACCCAAAUUAAUUGUCUCCUCCACCAGUUGGACCGAGGAUGAAGAUUUUUCAGUCUUGCUGGAGGCUGUCAAGCUGUAUGAGGCAUCAGCUAAACCUUCAGAUCCAAGAUUGUUGUUUGUAAUCACUGGCAAUGGGCCCCAGAAGAAGUAUUACCAGGAAAAGAUCAAGCAAAUGACCUUGAAAAAGACCAGAAUUGUCACUGCGUGGCUGGAGACAGGUGAUUACCCUUUAUUGUUAGGAAGUGCUGACUUGGGCAUCUCGUUGCAUACAAGCUCCAGUGGCAUGGAUCUCCCAAUGAAGGUAGUGGAUAUGUUUGGCUGCGGCCUUCCUGUGUGUGCUAUCAAUUUCCCCUGUUUGAAUGAAUUGGUCCAUGAUGGUGGCAAUGGCUUGGUCUUUGAGAAUAGUCAGGAUUUAUCAGAACAGUUGAUGGAAUUGUUUGUGAAAAAUCCCAAGAAAUUGAAAACUCUUCGCGAAAGCGUGAUCAAGGAAUACAAAGACAACACAUGGCAAAAUCAAUACAAGGAGAUUCUAGUCAAGCUGUUCAACCAGAAUGCGGAUUGA